GUCAUAUCAUAUGAUCAUUGAUCACCCACUUCAAUUGAUUUCCUUCUUCUGUGUCUCUUUGGGCUUUUUUACGGAUUUGAGUAACUUAGACUUCCAAACAUUGUAGUUUAAACCGUUUCAGUGAAAUUAUUUCACUAACCAAAAUGAAGGGGUGCAUUUUUAACAUCGAUGCUGGAUAUUUGGAAGGAUUGUGCCGUGGUUUCAAGUGUGGUAUCCUCAAACAAGCAGACUACCUCAACUUGGUGCAGUGCGAAACUCUAGAAGAUUUAAAACUUCAUCUGCAGGGUACUGACUACGGUACCUUCUUAGCCAAUGAGCCGAGCCCCCUUUCUGUUUCCACCAUCGAUGAUAAGCUCCGUGAAAAGCUUGUGAUUGAGUUCCAACAUCUCAGGAAUCACUCUGUGGAGCCACUAUCUACUUUCUUGGAUUUCAUAACAUACAGUUACAUGAUUGAUAACAUCAUACUGUUGAUUACUGGUACCCUACAUCAGAGACCUAUUUCGGAGCUUAUUCCAAAAUGCCACCCCUUGGGCUCGUUUGAGCAGAUGGAAGCAAUCCAUGUUGCUGCUACCCCUGCAGAGCUGUACAAUGCAGUCUUGGUUGACACUCCUCUGGCCCCAUUCUUUGUGGACUGCAUCAGUGAGCAGGAUUUGGAUGAGAUGAACAUUGAGAUUAUUCGUAACACUCUGUACAAGGCUUACCUGGAAGCUUUCUACGAUUUCUGCAAACAAAUUGGUGGAACUACUGCUGAUGUCAUGUGUGAAAUCUUGGCAUUUGAAGCUGAUCGCCGUGCAAUCAUCAUUACGAUCAACUCUUUUGGCACCGAGUUGUCCAAGGAUGACCGUGCAAAAUUGUAUCCCCGCUGCGGCAAGCUCAAUCCUGAUGGGUUGGCAGCUCUGGCCAGAGCUGAUGAUUAUGAGCAGGUGAAGGCAGUGGCAGAGUACUAUGCCGAGUACCAAGCAUUGUUUGAAGGUGCUGGUACUAAUGUUGGCGAUAAGACCUUGGAAGACAAGUUCUUUGAACAUGAGGUGAGCCUAAAUGUACAUGCCUUUUUGCAACAAUUCCACUUUGGGGUUUUCUACUCAUACCUCAAGCUGAAAGAGCAAGAAUGCCGAAACAUUGUAUGGAUUAGUGAGUGUGUGGCCCAAAAGCACCGUGCUAAAAUUGACAACUACAUUCCUAUUUUCUAAACAUGAAUUGAACAGCAUUCUGAACUCUAAGAAUUCCCUCAAAAAUAUAAAAUACUAUUUUGUUUUGCUUUGUAAAUAUAAUAUCUAUAUUACAAUUUGUAUAUUAAACAGGACACAAACUACUGCAUAAAUUAUACUGUUUGUUAAAUUGUAGAUGCUAUAGUAAUAUAUUACAUAGGUUUAGUACAUGUAAUAGAUUCCAUAUUUUUACAUAGCAUCAGUAAUUCUUGAUUGUUCAUGGGAUAUCAGACUGAAAACAACAUUAUGUGUAUAACUUGGUGAAUAAAAACUGGUUAUAUCUCCAUUUACAAGAAUAUAUUUCAAAUAACUAGUAAUCAAUCAGUAUUUAACAGAUAUAAAAUGUAAUGUUUCUUAAUAUUUACACUAGUAUUGUAAUGAAAAUGUGGCAUUGCACUCCCAAACCUAAAUUAUAUAAAUGUUGACUUUUUCAUAAAUCUUAGGUUGACAUUAGGUGAGCCUGGGAAAGUAUAUUAAUAAAUGUAGCAGUUAAAAAAUGAGGUAAUCUUUUUGUGUAUUUAUAUCUGUUAUCCCUAUAAAAUUCAUUAUUGGUAGGCAAGGAAGCAACCUAUGCAAGUGGUGAUUCCGCCUUUAUUAAUAUGAUUAUUUAUUUUAAAAUUGUUGAACACUAUAUGAUGUAAUUAAAGUAUUCAUAGUAAUCUGA